CAGUGUCCCAGUCCCUGGAGAGGUCUCACCCCUUACCGAGAUGCACUCAGGCCCUAUUAGGCACCUCUGUCCGGAGCUCUAAAGGACAAAGGGAAGAACCAUGUCCACGAUUGCAGCUUUCUAUGGUGGCAAGUCCAUUCUCAUUACUGGGGCCACGGGCUUCAUGGGCAAAGUGCUGAUGGAGAAGCUAUUUCGCACUAGCCCCAACCUGAAAGUCAUUUACAUCCUUGUGAGGCCCAAGGCUGACCAGACACCGCAGCAGAGGGUUUUCCGGAUCCUAAAUAGUAAGCUCUUUGAAAAAGUCAAAGAAGUUUGUCCACAUGUGCAUGAGAAGAUCAGAGCUAUCUCUGCAGAUCUCAAUCAGAGCGACUUUGCCAUCAGCAAGGAGGACACGCAGGAGCUUCUCUCCCGCACAAACAUCGUCUUCCACUGUGCCGCCACUGUACGCUUUGACGACCAUCUGAGACAUGCCGUGCAACUAAAUGUCACUGCCACCCAGCAGCUCUUGCUUAUGGCCAGUCAGAUGCCAAAGCUGGAAGCCUUCAUACAUAUCUCUACUGCCUAUUCAAAUUGUAACCUGAAGCACAUCGAUGAAGUCAUCUAUCCAUGCCCUGUGGAGCCAAAAAAAAUCAUCGACUCCAUGGAGUGGUUGGACGACGCUAUUAUUGAUGAGAUUGCACCCAAGCUGAUCGGGGAUCGGCCCAAUGCUUACACCUACACCAAGGCCCUGGGAGAGAUGGUGGUGCAGCAGGAGAGCAGGAACCUAAACAUUGCCAUCAUAAGGCCCUCCAUUGUGGGAGCAACCUGGCAGGAGCCUUUCCCAGGUUGGGUUGAUAACCUAAAUGGACCUACUGGGCUCAUUAUUGCGGCUGGGAAAGGAUUUCUUCGGGCCAUAAGAGCUACUCCAAUGGCUGUAGCAGAUUUAAUUCCAGUUGAUACAGUCGUCAACCUCACCUUGGCUGUAGGAUGGUACACGGCAGUUCACAGACCUAAGUCAACGUUAAUCUACCACUGUACAUCUGGUAACCUCAAUCCCUGUAAUUGGGGCAAAAUGGGAUUCCAAGUCUUGGCAACCUUUGAAAAAGUCCCAUUUGAGAAAGCUUUUAGGCGGCCCAAUGCUGACUUCACAGCCAACACCAUCACAACCCAUUACCGGAACGCAGUCAGCCACCGCGCCCCUGCCAUCAUCUAUGACUUCUAUCUGCGGCUCACAGGAAGGAAGCCCAGGAUGACCAAGCUCAUGAAUCGGCUUAUAAGAAACGUUUCCUUGAUGGAGUAUUUCCUCAACCGCAGUUGGGAGUGGAGCACAGACAAUACAGAAAUGCUGAUGUCCAGGCUGAGUCCUGAGGACCAGAGGGUAUUCAACUUCGAUGUGCGCCAGUUGAACUGGUUGGAAUACAUUGAAAAUUAUGUUCUAGGAGUUAAAAAGUACUUAUUGAAAGAGGAUAUGGCUGGGAUCCCAGAAGCAAAGCAACACUUAAAAAGGCUCCGAAACAUUCACUACCUCUUCAAUACUGCCUUCUUCCUCAUCGCCUGGCGCCUUCUCAUUGCCAAAUCUCAGCUCGCUCGUAAUGUCUGGUUCUUCAUCGUGAGCCUCUGUUAUAAAUUCCUCUCCUACGUUAGAGCAUCCAGCACGCUCAAGAUCUAAGAACAUUUGGCAAUCUCCUUUUGUCUGGAACCUCUCAGAUACCUCUAGAACAGCAAACUACGGUUCUCAAGAUUAGGAAGUAACAAAGAAUACGCCCAAGUUCAUUACCUCUCAAAUGUGCUCUCAUGUAUUCAUCCCUAUUUCUUAACUAUAUGUUCUUUUUAUUUCAAAGAGAGAAGUCAAGUCAUAUGCCAGCCUAUAAUCCUACAUAUUUUAGGAAAAAAUUAUUUCCAUAUUGUUUCCUAAUACUCUAUUCUAUGCCCUUGAAUAUAAAACACCCAAAGUAUACCCAUCUUCCCAUAUUUAGCUCUUCUUGAGAGGACUAAUGUUGACGCAAUAAACAUGGAAGAACUCAUGGUAGAAGCUGAAAUAUGCUAAGAAGGGUAGUUCAAAAACCUUGGAGCCAUUCUGGGGUACCCAGUAUAAAGGUUUAAAGCCAAGAUAAGUAGAAGAAGAAUGGUCUCAACAUCCUCACAAAUGCCGCAGGUGAAAUAAUUCUCCACUGCAGUCUCUGCUUCCUCUCUGUGCUGUAUGGAGUCCUGGGUGAGGGCUGGGGGAAUUAGAAAAUUGGGCUUGCAGUGAACAUUUUCCUUAACUAUACCCACUUCUGAAACCUAAAAAGAACCAAGAGGUGUAAACAAUUAUACAGAGAAUGAGGGCUCAAGUAUAUUUGCCUUGGGACUCAGUUUAUUAUGCUUUUAAGUAAAAAUUAAUUCUUGUAAUUUGAAUUUGACAACUGUUACUUCUAAAUCUUUUGAAUCGCCAAUUUUCCUGAUAAUCUUCUCUCAAGAGUUUCCUUCUUAUUCAAUAAAGUCACCAAAUUCCUUAA